GGCGUGACUGUCGUACCGAUCACACGUUGUUCCGAGGCUCUUCUCUUGUAACACACACCGCUACUGCUAACUAGGUGGAGCGAGACCUCAAGUACGCGAGGCCAAGAACACGAAGCCGAGGAAGUGAGAUCUCGGAACGCGAGGCCAGGUGGUGUGAGUGAGACCCAGACACACACACACACACGCAUACCCUUCAUCAUGCCUAAGAGGUGAACUUCCUGUCUGCCUUAUUCGGCCACUCCUGCACCGUGUGUGUUGUGAGGACGCACCACAGCAGCUGGAGCCUAUACCUGUGGAACUAACUACGCUAGUAGUCUUGGGAACAGAGACAAGGGUGUUCAGUAGGGCCUCGUGUGCCUUUAGCUGAAGUUGGGAUGAACAGUGGAAGUUUGACGCCUGACGUGAGGACAGAAUGUGAACCUAGAAGGACCUACUGUAGGGAGACCAGUGUGUCGUCUGGAACUCUCCUGUAGAGCGACCAGUGUCCUCCCCCCUCUCUCCAGGCAGCUGUUAAGAGACAGUCGUGUGGACAGGUCCUCAAUAGAAAGCUCGAGGUGUGAUCCCCCAGAGGACCUUUUCUAAGAGAGAUCAGAGUGUCAUUAGGGCACCACAAUAAGGAGAUCAGUUUCACCAGGUCUUCACCGUGACGACAAAACACGAAGGAGUCAUUCCCGAAAGAGACGAAACUAACAGUUGGUCAGUACUAUAGACAAUCCAGUGUGUCAUUGGGUCACCACGGUAAGAACGAACGGCGUUACCAGCGUACCACUGUAAACAGACCUACUUACGCAAGUCACCACCAUGUACCACGCCACAGCAAAUAUCCUGUCGACGGUGGCUGCGUUGCUGCUGUUAUUGCUGUGUGUGUCAGUGGAGCACACAGCAGCAGACACCACCAUGCCUACGUCCAUCUCUCCCCAGAUCUUAUCUACGCUGCUGGACUCUUUGGCCACGGCCACAGACACUGAGAACUGCCCGGGAAAGUGUUUACAUGCCCUGGCCGCCCUCAUCUGUCACGAGGUGGUGGAGGGCGACGACCUCUGUCCUUCUGGCAAGAAGUGCUGCAAACCCAAGAAACGUCCAAGUGAGGUGGGGGUCGAGGAGGAGACGGUCACGGACGCCCCCACUGACGCCACCGACCUUCCUGAGGCAGAGACAACACCGGUGCCAGAGGGCCUCUCUACCUGGGUUGGAGUCCUUGAGGAUGACUCCGAAAAGACCGAAGAGGACGCUGCCCCUACCUUGGAGCCCUCCACAGAACAGUCAGUAGUGGACAACAGCCCUACUGACACACCAGAGGACAGACUAACACAGGAGGAGGAGAAGCCAAUGGAAGAGAAACCAGUGAAAGAGAUAAUGGAGGAGGAGACAGAGACAGAAGAGAACAACACUACUGAAGUGCCCACCACCACUACCCCCAAGGCCCAGGCUUAUGCUCCCUCCAGCAGCCUGCGGGUGUGUCCUGGUGUGUGUGUUGCAAACCGCAUCAGUGAGUACUGCGAGGCAGCCCUGGAUGUGAACCAGCUGUGUAGAACUGGGCUUCGCUGCUGUGUCUCAGGUGAUCUCUUUGCUGAUGUUGAUGAGCCGCCCAAGGAGUUUGUCCUCCUUAACCCAAAGAAGUCCCAGGACCAGUUAGAGGAUCCUAAGGAAGAUGUGAGACCCAGUACUGAGAGACCAGUGACUACCUCUACCACUACCACCUCUACAACCACCACCCAGCUGACCACAGUCUACACCCGCAGCCCACAACGCACCACUGAACCACCCAGCAACAUCCCAGCUGAGAAGCGUUGCAAGGGCACCUGUGUUGCUGGCUUCUUUGCCUUUCUCUGUGAUGAGAUCGAUCGAUCUGGAUUGUGUCCCAGAGGUGGCAGAUGUUGUGUUACACAGAGAAGACCUAAACCCAGACCCAGACCCCCUACUGACUCUGAUAGACCCAGACCCAGACCCCCUACUGACUCUGAUAGACCCAGACCCCCUACUGACUCUGAUAGACCCAGACCCCCCACUGACUCUGAUAGACCCAGACCCCCUACUGACUUUGAUAGACCCAGACCCCCACUGACUUUGAUAGACCUAGACCCCCCACUGAUUUUGAUAGACCCAGACCCUCUACUGACUCUGAUAGACCCAGACCCCCCACUGAUUUUGAUAGAACUAGACCCCGUACAACUACGACCACCACCACUCCACCACCACCCCAUUUGCCUCUCUGUCGGUACAUGUCUCCAUUCUUUAGUGUCGAGCUUCUGCAGUCAACCUUCAGUGUUGAUUGAGGCUUCUGGCUGCGAGGAAGGAACUGUGUGCUGUGACAAUCGGGCUGAGAACGAGUUACCUUCACAACCACCACCACCACCACCUGCAAGGGAACCUUCUCCCCCUCCACCACCCCCGGGGAGACCCAUCUCACCUGCCUUCCAGACGCUGGCCAUGCUUUUCACCCGACCUCCUUCAGCAUCACCCAGGCCAAUUGACAGACCAAACAGACCACCAUCACCACCUCCUCGUCCACCACCAACUACCACCACUACCACUACUACUACAACCACCACCACCACAACACCGGCACCAACCACAGAGCCACCUGACCUGCGACCUGAGUGCCCCGGUACCUGCAUACAACCAUUCCUUUCAUUCACCUGCUUUGGCAAUGCUGAGAUGACACAACUCUUCCAAUGCAACAAACCCAAGACAGAAUGUUGCUCCCCUAAGUCUGCUCUUAGGGACGUCCUGCGAUAUGAAGAGAUUGAAAAUAUUGCCAGGAAUGAUACAGUACUGCCUCAUACAUAUGAUGGCUCUUACUAUCCCACCUAUAGUCAGCCCGGCUAUAACUACCCUCCCUAUGACCAAAAUCCUAAUGACCCCUCAGGCCUUCACUCCCAUGACCUUCCUUAUGAACAUCAGGCACAUAACCGACCUCCAGAUGAGUUGCCAUACGACCAGUUUCCAUAUGGACAGCCACCUUACGAAGAAUCUCCCUAUGAACCCACAUCCAUUGACCAGCCUCAACACCAACCAUACCAACCAGAUCAGCCUCCACACCAACCAUAUCAGCCAGAACAGCCUCCAUACCAACCAGAACAGCCUCCAUACCAACCAGAACAGCCUCUACACCAACCAUACCAACCAGAUCAGCCUCCACACCAACCAUACCAACCAGAUCAGCCUCCACACCAACCAUAUCAGCCAGAACAGCCUCCAUACCAACCAGAACAACCUCCACAUCGACCAUACCAACCAGAACAGCCUUUACAUCAACCAUACCAACCAGAUCAGCCUCCACAUCAACCAUAUCAGCCAGAACAGCCUCCAUACCAACCAGAACAGCCUAUACAUCAACCAUACCAACCAGAGCAGACAUACAAGCAACCAUAUGCUCCACCACGAAAUGUUACUCAAGCACCACAAGAGGUGUUCAGAACAACAACUCAGCCAGCAGUGAUGAACAAAUAUGUGUGUGGUGUGAAGGGCAACCAGAGAAGUGGUCGUGUCGUAGGCGGGGAGGAUGCUAGGCCAGGAGAAUGGUGCUGGCAGGUGGCACUUAUCAACUCUCUCAACCAGUACCUUUGUGGUGGAGCUCUCAUUGGCACUCAGUGGAUCCUCACCGCUGCUCACUGUGUCACCAAUAUUGUUCGAUCUGGUGAUGCCAUCUACGUAAGGGUAGGCGACCAUGACCUCACCACCAAGUUUGGCUCUCCUGGUGCCCAGACCCUGCGUGUCGCCACCACUUACAUCCAUCACAACCACAACUCCCAGACCCUCGACAACGACAUUGCUCUCUUAAAGCUCUACGGCCAUGCUGACCUAAAGGAGGGAGUGUGUCUAGUGUGUUUACCUGCCAGGGGCGUCAGUCAGGUGGCUGGCAACAGGUGUAUUGUCACUGGAUAUGGGUACAUGGGUGAAACUGGACCAAUCCCCCUGCGUGUUCGAGAGGCUGAGGUGCCGGUUGUGUCAGACAAUGAGUGUGUGAGGAAGAUCAAUGCAGUUACAGAGAAAAUCUUCAUCUUGCCAGCCUCAUCCUUCUGUGCUGGUGGAGAGAGUGGUCAUGAUGCCUGUCAGGGAGAUGGAGGUGGCCCUCUAGUAUGCAAUGUGGAUGGGUACUUCGAGCUAAGUGGCCUGGUGUCAUGGGGCUUUGGAUGUGGUCGACAAGAUGUUCCUGGAGUCUAUGUUAAGGUCUCCUCCUUCAUUGGAUGGAUUAACCAAAUUAUAUCGGUCAACAACCUUUAGUGGAUUUAUGGCACUAAUCAAAUAUUCAUUCGCUCAAGCAUUUUUCCUGGGAGUCCUGGUGAGAAGGGGUUUCCUGAAUAGCAGUUUCUGCACAAAGAUUUUUAUUUUAUUUUAUUUUAUUGUUUUUGGGGGUUAUAGUUUAAAAGGGAUGAUACUCUGUCUCUAUUCUGGGUGAAGACAAUGGAUUUUUUUGGAUGUGGUGUAGCGGGUAUGUGAUCUUCUCCAGAUAAAGACUACUACUCAGAUAAGUUAGAGGGAUGUCUGUUAAUUGUUUUGUCUUUCUAAAGAUUUUUGUCUGAUUGUUUCUGUUUGUUUGUUUGUUUGUUGUACAAUAUGUUUUUUGUUUGUUCUGUGUAACCUAUGGCUUAAGUUCUGCUGGCAGUGUUAGCAAAUGAAACUUUUAAAAAGCAAAAAUCUUGGAGAUUCAGUAGAUUUUCAAUGGACUACCUUAUUUCUUCUCUUCCAUUAGGUUAAUUUUUCUCUUUUUGACAUGGUUGGUAUCUUACUUUGAACAUACUUGUAGCUUUUCAAAUUUGCUUAUAACAAUUAUAAAACCUACUGGUGAUAAAAAUUUGAAGUUCUGACCGUGAAAAAUACUGAAAGCCAUAAUUAGCUAUAGAGGUUACUGUUCUUGUUUUAUUAAUAUUAUUAUAUUUAUUGUAAUUUAUUUAUAUUUAUUGCAAACUUGUACACCAUAAGUCGAAAUGAUGGAGAUCUUUUGUACAUAUGACAGUGAUGGCAGAUUGUUUGUUUGUCUGCCUAAAACUGUCAUUAUAUGGCAUUUUGACAUUACAGUGUACUGAAAUCCAAUUGUGGUUAACACUAUGGACAAUAUUUGUCACAGACUUGGUAACAGAAUGAUGUGGUUAUCUAUAGUACUGACAUGUUAUGUAACACAAUGUGUCCCAGUUGUGUUCUGUUGGUGAGAACAUGCAAUUCAGACUUGACCACAAACAGAAGUACUGUACUGUACUGCAUUGACACGUGGUUGUGUGUUUUGUGUACAUGUUUAUGCUUCAGAAAAAUUAGUGUAAAAUAAUGUUUGAUAUUGUGACCAUCUAUAAUCAUAGAUAUCACAAUUGGGUAUAAUUGACUGACAGACUAUGUAAUUUUGUUCCAGUUACCAAAGACUUGUCUUAAAAAGACGACAUAUAAAUGUGUGAGCUGAAAUGUACUCAAGAAUGGCAGUCUUUACUGAUGAUAUAAUCAGUUUACUACUCAUCAGGUAUUUAAUAAAUGAACAGACGACAAAGAAAAGAACGUAUAUUGACAGAAACCUUGACAUUAUGAUUGAGCAGUAGUGGAGAGACUGAUGUUGAUCUUGCUCGUACAGUUUAUGUAGCCAAAGACUUGACUGUGACUGAUUUUUGUAUAUAUCGAUUAAGUGAUUUUACAGUUAUAUAUUCAGUGUAGGAUAUGACAACCAUGAGAAGAAUCAGUGAUGUUUGCUUGAUCCUUCAUGUUAUUGAUUUAAUUAUGUACUACAGGACAAAACUGAAUUCAACCACUUCAUAGAUUCUACACAACCCUCAGAAUAUAUAAAUUCAUAUUGUAAAUAGAGUUGAAUACUAAUGUAAGACACUGAAA